AUUUCAAGUGAUUAUUGAUUUUUUUUUUUCUCUCUCUCUGCUUAAUGAUAAUGGCAGAUCUCCACCACCGAAUUAAAACGUUUCUUGAAGCAGAGCAGCCGGCCGCCGGCGACACCUUCUCAGAGCGUGCUGAAUGUUUUUUCCGGAGACGUCCUCAGCUUCUUGAACUUCUUCACGACUUGUACAAUGCCUACAUCACCUUGCUUGACCGUAGCAACCAGAAUAUGCAAGGCAACAACCACCGGCUGCGAUACUCUUCUUCUCUAACAUCUUCCGCUUCUAGCUUCCAUGAAAAAGCAGAAGAAGCUGACCUUAACGAUGGGAAAAUCCUGCAUCAUCAUGAUGAAACUCAAGGUGGUGUAGAAUCAUCAGAACCCAAAUUUGAAGUUGAUGAGAUUGUAGCCAAUCUGGUAAUGAAGAGCGUGGAGGAAGAUAUAUUAGAGCAAGAAUGCCAAGAAUCUUGGAGAAAAGUAGAGCUUUUAAAGAAGCUACUGGAGGUGUUAGAGUCAGAAAGGAUGUAUUUACUGAAUGAAAAUGCGAUGUUGGGGUGUAAGAUGGCUGCACUGGUAGAAGAGAAUAAAGGGCUCUCGUCGGAGGCAAUGUUCUUGAAGAGGAAAGCUGCUCAACUUGCAAGGUGUGUGUUGAAGAUGAGAGAAGAUCACAGGGUUUGGAUGCUUAAUCGGAAAAUCGAGGAUCUUCAGAGCCAGAUUUAUGGGUUGGAGAAGAGGAACAAGGAGUAUUACCAGCAGCUGCUCAACCAAGAAAAUUUAGAGGAUGAGAAAGCAGGUUUGAUGGGUUGUUUUAAACUGGAGAGGCUCAGGUUUAAGAAAAGAAGUGAACCUGCUGUCGGGGUAAAAAGUCACGGUGGUGGUGGCGGCGGUCGUAGCGGGUCAAACAGAGUGACUAACUGGUGGUGGUUGUGGGAAAGAGUGGUGAAGGGCAUAGCUUCUCCCACUUCAUCUUCUUCUGCGACUUGAUUUUUCCUCCUUUAAAUUUGCAUUACAUAUAUUAUUAUUUUCUGUUUAGUCUUGGAUAGAUUUGUACUUUCUCGGAAAAUGGAAGAAAGUGUAGCUUCUUGGCAAGAGGUAUUAAGAAAUAUGCUAUCCACUUAGUAAAUUUGAA